AUGGACGACGGUCAUGCCCACCCCCAGUCACCGGCGCCCACCCUUCACGUCCGCUCACGAUCAAUCCCCUCCUCUUUGCGCGAGUAUCCUACAGGUCAUGCGACGCCGAAGUCUGCCCCUCACACCCGACAGCAGAGACUCCUCCAGACUCGCCAUGCGAAGUUCUCGGCUCAGAGACUUUCGGUCAAUGGCAUCAACGCCCCCUUUCCUCCGCUGACUCGCUCCGCCGAAAACGACUCUCCUUACUUCUCUUCCCCACGAUUUAACAGAUGGGAAGAGAAUGGCAACGAUUCGAACAAGGGGGAUAAACUGAGCAAUGCGUCCACAGAGUCUGCUAUUUUGACCGAGAUCUCAAAUGCCAAUGCUUGCCGCAUACGAGGAUUGAAGAAGCGAGCCGCUAUACCGAUCUUUCAGGAUUCACCGGAUAAGCCCACAGUCCGCGGCACAGGAGCCAAUACACCCUCGGUCUACCACGACGCAUCCAGCGAUAUACACGCACCUUCAAUUCCCAAUUCUGCGCAAGAUAGCCCGACCAACAUGGGUCUUAGAGAAGUCUCGGUCAACCUCCAGAGGCUGUCGCCUCACAAGGAUUCGCCAUAUCGUCGCUCAGUGCGGCUUGGGCCAAAUCGUAAAGCAUCUCAAGGAAACCCCCGCUUCAAUUCGGACGAGUACAUAGAACAUAUUGAAAAUGAGUUACAGAUGGUCAAAGACGCCAUGUAUUCGCCGACCACUCAUAUGCCGUGGAAAGAAAAGCUCCGAAAAGCAAAAGAAGAGAAUGAUCGUUUGAAGAAGGAGAUGGAUGCCAUAAGGGCAUCAUUCGAAUUCGAACUACAUGAGACAGUCGAACGGUCUGCCGAGACGGAGCUAAAGCUGAAGCGCAGGAUUAAGGAUCUGGAAGAUGAGGUUGAGCUUAAGAAGUCAGUCAUUCACGAUCUAAAAUGUGAUCGCGAAGAAAAGAGAUCGGACCAGAAUGCCUUAGAAGUCCUCAAAGCAAGAAUCGAGAAGCUGGAAGAGGAAAGGCUUAGCUUGGAGACCACGAAUCGCGAUAUGACGAAACGUAAUGAGGUGUUGACCCAACUCCUGGCCUUAUCACCGACAAAAGCGCAACCGACCAUCGGCAUUCCUACGCCUAGGCGGAAAACCGGCCGUCCUAUGUCCCUGAUCAUCCCCAGAUUACCGACAUCGCCGGGGUUUCAGACAUUUCAGAGCAGACCUCAGUCGGUCAUUGCGUCCCCAGCACUUGCGGCCUCGGACUACUUCCCAGUACAUCUCCCGUCGUCGCCCUUGUCGUCAUACCCAUUCGACAGCGCUGCCCGUUCCCCAGAAGCUGUUGACGACAGGCAUUCGAUCGACUCCGUACUCGGAGAAUCUGAUGUACAAGUCGGGAACGAGAUUGAAUCGAGACGGUCCACGCUUGUCUCUAGUCCUUCAGACAGUCCUGAUACGCCUGGUGGAGGUCAUGUUCGAGGGGAGAGUCGAUCGCAAACAGUCAUGCGACACCCUUCGAAAAGGAGACCUCGAAAAUUCAUGCCUGGAUCUACACAGCUGAAACCCCUUCUCUUGCCUACAUUUACGGCCGAAAAUGGUAAUCUUCCUUCAACCUCACCAAUCGCGUCGCCAACUCGGCCACUCCCCAUCCAAGUUAGCUCCCAGAUAGCCAGAUGCGAACCGCCUUCCCUUCCGCACGCACUUGUCGGACGCGGUUUAGAGACUCCUUUUCCAAGCCCGGAAAGUGUGAGCGGCCGACCGGGACCGGCUUUCCAGAGCCUGGACGAGGUGUUUGCCAGCGAUGAGCAAUGUUUCCAGCCAGAUGCACUUGGUGAGCCUCUCGAUGAGCUUUCAUUUUCAAGUCCCGUGACCCAGUAUCGAACUCCAGUCCAGAACGGUAACAUUGUGCCGGCGAUGGAAUCUUGCUCCAGUCCCCGGAUCAGCUCCUGGGUUUCAAAGACAAUCACGUCACUGCCCGAGGACGUAGGAUACAACUCUCGUCACGCCGCCGUUCCUAUGGCCGGAGUAAUAUGUGAAGAGAGCCGUCGCUUAUCCGAAACUGGCAAGAUAUUUGACCAGCGGGAUAUUGCCUCUGACAUCGACACUGUGGAUGUGUUUCAGUUUCGAGACAGUGUCGAAAUUCCGCGACCGUUGUUCUCUAAACAUCGAACUCGCGGUGGUGGUCACUCAAGUUCCCACAUUGGAUACCCUGAGUCUUCCCUUAAUCCUCGAAAGCGGAGGAAAACAAGCUCGAUAUGCGAAUCCCGGUGUCCAAAAGUUGAUAUCAUCAACCAUGGGUCUCGCAAUGUCGAAGCCUGUCCAUAUAGUGGCCGUGAAGACGUCACCCCUGGCUCCGUCGUCGACCAGAAAAUCAAGAGGUCUAUGGACGAUUACUCCGCCUUUUCCAAGAAACAAGGGACCAUCCCAACACGCACUCCUCUUGAGAUCAUCCAGCAUCGCAGCAUAGGUUCGAGGCCUCUAGCAACUUUGACGAUCCAGGCGGUUUAUGCGACCUUGUCGAGAUACACUACAUAUAUUCAAGGCUUCAAACGAGAUCCAUUGUUUUUGGCACGACGUGUUUUAGCGAAUGCCUGGCGGUCAAACUGGGCAAUGUUUGGAAAAUUGAGUUGGUGGGUCCUUGGAUUGUUCGUUGGCUAUCGGCGACCGCAGACUGAUCAGCAAGACUGGGACUGGGCGAAGUACGAUGGUGAAAGUAUUGCUAACAGGUGUUGUCUUCUGGCCGUCGAUGAGCGGCCCACCAAAGAUCCACCCCUGCCGACAGCCGAAAUUGAUCCGCCCUUUGCUGGUGGCAAGAUCGAGCAGCAAGAAUACACAGCACGGACACCGUCUACACCACCUGCCGCUGUAUCGAGCGAGCCGAAAUCUGGUUGGGGCCGGUCACUGUACCUCUGGGGCAAAUUUAGUGUGGCGAUCAUGCUCGCUGUGGGAGGCGCCAUUGUCAAAGGACCGGCUGAGAUGUUGCGCGACGCUGACGAUCGUAGAAAGUCUCGGAGAAACAGCCUUGCCGAGGACGCGGCAGCACGUUGCGUUACUCAGCGCGGCGAAGCCGACCAUGCAUAUCAAGUCACUGGAGAUCUCAACCAAAUCUGGGAUGGGCAUCGCGGCGGUCCGCCGAGAGUAAACGACACUCCAGAUGUUGCUCGCAAAGCUCGAAGUUUCAGCUCUCCGCCAACUUCUUCACCAAUUCAUCCGCGCACAACUCGUGGUGCGAGUGAGCAUACACCGCACCAAGACCGAUUGACGCAAGGCAUAUCACACUCAUCUCGUGAACGGACCUCUGGGGAACACUUGGCCUGUUGGACCGAAGACACUCUGAAACCCGCUCGAAGCAAUCGCAAAGGACUAGACUCGGUCUUUCAAACACCAGACGAUGUCAAGUCUGCACCUGCCCAAUCCAUCGGUGCAACGAUCAUGUCCCCUGGCGGGGCUAGCAUGAACCAGGAGCAGGAUGCGGAUUAUACUUCAGAGCAGCGUCUGUGA